AUGGCGUACCAGGUUGUUGCUUGUCUAGCGGCGCAUGGAAAUUCUGUUCACAACUCACAAGUUCUAUUGAAAUGUAGGCCUUUUAAUGCCUCAGAACGUAAAGCAAGCUCCUAUGCUGUUGUGGACUGUGAUCAAGCAAGAAAGGAAGUUAGUGUCCGCACUGGAGGAGUGACAGAUAAGACAUCAAGAAAGACUUACACAUUUGAUAUGGUUUUUGGAGCUCAAGCAAAGCAGAUUGAUGUUUACCGGAGUGUUGUGUGUCCCAUUUUGGAUGAAGUUAUUAUGGGCUACAACUGUACAGUGUUUGCUUACGGCCAAACUGGUACUGGUAAGACCUUCACAAUGGAAGGGGAGCGGUCACCCAAUGAGGAAUAUACUUGGGAAGAGGAUCCACUAGCAGGUAUAAUACCCCGUACAUUGCAUCAAAUAUUUGAAAAACUCACAGAGAAUGGUACCGAAUUUUCAGUGAAAGUCUCUCUUUUGGAAAUCUAUAAUGAGGAGCUUUUUGAUCUUCUGAAUCCUACUCCUGAUGUUGGAGAAAGACUGCAGAUGUUUGAUGACCCUCGAAACAAGAGGGGUGUAAUUAUUAAAGGCUUGGAAGAAAUAACUGUACACAACAAAAAUGAAGUCUACCAAAUCCUGGAAAGAGGUGCAGCAAAAAGAACGACUGCAGCUACUUACAUGAAUGCAUAUUCCAGCCGUUCCCACUCUGUGUUUUCGAUUACCAUCCAUAUGAAAGAAACGACAGUAGAUGGAGAAGAACUUGUUAAAAUUGGGAAGUUAAACUUGGUUGAUCUUGCAGGAAGUGAAAACAUCGGUCGAUCUGGGGCUGUGGACAAAAGAGCUCGUGAAGCUGGAAAUAUCAACCAGUCUCUCCUGACACUGGGAAGAGUUAUUACUGCUCUAGUAGAAAGAGCCCCACAUAUUCCAUAUAGGGAAUCAAAACUCACAAGAAUCCUUCAAGACUCUCUUGGAGGACGAACAAAAACAUCAAUAAUUGCCACAGUUUCUCCUGCAUCUAUAAAUCUUGAGGAAACAUUGAGUACACUGGAAUAUGCCCACAGAGCAAAGAACAUAAUGAACAAGCCUGAAGUUAAUCAGAAGCUAACAAAAAAAGCUCUUAUUAAGGAAUAUACUGAAGAGAUUGAACGUCUGAAGCGAGACCUUGCUGCUGCGCGAGAGAAAAAUGGAGUCUAUAUUUCACUUGAAAAUUAUGAAGCCCUUAAUGGAAAGCUGACAGUUCAGGAAGAACAAAUUGCAGAGUAUAUUGACAAAAUCAGCGUCAUGGAGGAAGAAGUGAAAAGAAUCACUGAACUGUUCACAGUUAGUAAAAAUGAACUUGAGCAGUGUAAAACAGAUCUGCAAAUCAAGGAGAAAGAACUGGAAGAAACACAAAAAGAUCUGCAAGAAACCAAGGUUCAUCUGGCUGAAGAAGAAUAUGUGGUUUCAGUUCUGGAAAACACUGAACAAAAACUUCAUGGCACGGCUAGCAAGUUACUUAGUACAGUUGAAGAAACUACAAAAGACGUAUCUGGUCUCCAUGCAAAACUGGACCGUAAGAAGGCUGUUGAUCAACACAAUGCUAUCGUCCAAAAUACAUUUGCAGGACAAAUGAAUGUUUUGUUCAACAAAAUACAAGAUUCAAUUAGUGAAAACAGUUUGAAGCAGCAACAGAUGCUGACAUCUUACACAAAUUUUAUAGGUGACCUCCUGUCUACUAGCUCUUCAGCAGCUAAUAUUCUUGCAUCAGUUGUAUCAGCAUCUUUUGCCUCUGUUAAAGAAUUGGUGUCUACCGAAGUUUCUCACAUGUCUGAAAAAAUAACACAACAUGAGAAUCUGUCACUCGAUUGUAAAGCUGAGCUGCUGAGAUUAAUUGAGGAACAUACAUCUGGAUUAGGAAGAGCAUUAAAUAGCUUGACGCCAAUGGUAGAAUUUGUCUUGGGGCUAAACUGUCAGUUUCAGAGUAACAUGAAGAAAUACUCUGCUGUGGCUGACAAGAUGGAGGAUCAUAAAAAGGAAAUGGAUACCUUCUUUGGAGAUCUUUCUCUCACUCUGAAAAAAUUGCAGGAAGAAACGGCCAGUGUUUUUGCUCAGCUUCAGAAUGAUUGUGAGAAUUUAAAAGAAGAAGUGGAAAUGACGAGAUUGGCACAUACAAAGAGCACAGCUGAAUUGAUUUCCUCACUGCAAAGCCAGCUUGACCUGUUUGCUCAGGAGACUCAGAAGAAUUUAACUAAUGUACUUGUAAAAAAUGGAAGCUUGAAGACCACCAUCACUGCUGUGCAAGAAAAUGUUCACCUGAAAACUACAGACCUAGUCAGCAGUACAACUUCCAAUCACAGCAAAUUUAUUGCGUCUCUGGAUAAUUUCUCUCAAGAGCUCAGGAUCAUAAAUGCUGAAAACAAGAUGAUGCUGGAAGAAUCCACUGGCCACUGUCAACAUCUUCUCAGCAAUCUCAAAAAUGUGUCUCAGGAUACUGAUAAAUGGGGUGAAUUUACAGCUGCUCAGAUAGUCGACUUGACCAAUCAGCAGCUGUUGUCCUUCAAGCAUAAGAAACAGCAACUUCAGUGUUUACAAAAGAAAAAUGAAGAAAACUGUGACAAAGCUAUAGCUGAAAUUGUUGACCAUAUUAGUAGACAAAAGGCUGCUGAGGAGAAGGUACUAAAUGGCCUUCUUGAUAAGGUAAAGGUUGAUCAGGAGAUACUUCUGGAGCAGAAGCUGGCACUUAAUGAGGAAGCACAGCAUGGACUGACUCAGGUUAAUGGUUUCCUGCAAGAAGAUCUUAAAGUGGAUAUUCCAACAGGUACAACUCCACAGAGAAGAGACUACUGCUAUCCAGUCACACUUGUGAGAACAGAACCCCGGGAACAACUGCUGGAGCAAUUAAGACAAAAACAACCAAAGCUUGAUGCUGUGCUAAACAGUGAAACAAAGGAGGUGGUGGAGGAUAAUGCAGAUCAGGACCUGUUGGAAGAGGAAGAAGGGUUACAAGAAUCCAGUGAAAGCCUCGCUAGUGACAAAUCCUUAGUGGAUACAAACAUAGGCUGCCAUGCAAACGGUGGUAUUCCCUUUUUCCAGCAUAAAAGGAGUCACAAAAAAGAUAAAGAGAACAAAUCUGCAGCUACAGUGGAGAAGAACAAAAUCGAGGAUAUGACAGAACAGUUCUUUCCCAAAUCUAAGCCUCCUUUAAGAUCACUGAACUAA